AUGGACCUGCCCCCGCAGCUCUCCUUCGCCCUCUAUGUGGCCGCCUUUGCCCUGGGCUUCCCACUCAAUGCCCUGGCCGUGGGGGGCGCCGUGGCCCACGCCCGGCUCCGCCUCACCCCCAGCCUAGUCUAUGCCCUCCACCUGGGCUGCUCGGACCUGCUGCUGGCUGCCUCCCUUCCGCUGAAGGCGGUGGAGGCCCUGGCCUCCGGGGCCUGGCCUCUGCCGGCCCCGCUCUGCCCUGCCUUUGCCCUGGCCCACUUUGCUCCGCUCUAUGCGGGCGGCGGCUUCCUGGCUGCCCUGAGUGUUGGUCGCUACCUAGGAGCCGCCUUCCCUUUGGGCUACCAAGCCGCCAGGAGGCCCUGCUAUUCCUGGGGCGUGUGUGUGGCCAUAUGGGCCCUUGUCCUCUGUCACCUGGGGCUGGUCUUUGGGUUGGAGGCUCCGGGAGGCUGGAUGGACAAUUCCACCAGCUCCCUGGGCAUCAACACCCCGGUCAACGGCUCUCCAGUCUGCCUGGAGGCCUGGGACCCGGCCUCAGCGGGCCCUGCUCGCCUCAGCCUCUCUCUCCUGCUCUUCUUCCUGCCCCUGGCUGUCACAGCUUUCUGCUACGUGGGCUGCCUCCGGGCCCUGGCCAGCUCGGGCCUGAGUCACAGACGGAAGCUAAGGGCAGCCUGGGUGGCCGGCGGGGCACUGCUCACACUGCUGCUCUGCUUGGGACCCUACAAUGCCUCCAAUGUGGCUGGCUUCUUGCACCCCGACAUGGGAGGCCGCUGGAGGAAGCUGGGGCUCCUCACAGGUGCUUGGAGCGUGGUGCUCAACCCAUUGGUGACCGGCUACUUGGGAGGGGGGGGUGGCCGGGGGCCAUCAUGUGUGGCAAGAAUGAAAGCGGGUACAUCUCAGAAGUAGUAGCC